GACCACCAUCAUUGCGAUAUGACAGAAAAGCCAUUUCCACGUGUAUUCCUAAUUAGACAUGGACAAACUGAAUGGUCCCAGAAUGGACGUCACACUGGUACGAGUGAUAUACCAUUGACAGAGCGUGGUGCACAAAUAGUCAAAGAACUUGGACCACGUGUUGUUGGUGAAGGAAAACUCAUUGACCCAAGCCAAAUAUCUAAAGUAUUCUUAUCACCACGUCAACGUGCAAAAUCUACCUAUGAGCUCUUAUUUGGUGAACAUAAAGUUACUGGCGAAGUAGUAGAAACAAACGACGCUCGCGAAUGGACAUACGGUGACUAUGAAGGUCUCAAGCCAGCUGAAAUUAAGGCACUCAAUCCAAAUUUCUGGAUAUGGACUGAUGGUUGUCCAAACGGUGAAUCUCCAGAGGAGUUAACAGCCAGAGCUGAUAACCUCGUCAAGGAGAUUAGGGAGGUUCACAGAAAACAUCUUGAAGAUAGGAAGAACGGUGUUGAGACACAAGGUUCUGGUGAUGUUGUCCUAGUAUCACAUGGUCAUUUUAGCAGAGUUUUCAUACCCCGUUUCCUCGGUUUCGAAUUACAAACACUCGGUCCAAAACUCGUCGUCGAAGCUGGCGCUGUUCAAGUAUUAGGUUAUCAGCAUAAAAACCUCGAUGAGCCUUCAAUUUACGCUAUGAAUUUAGAAUAAAGAAAUUAUAGUUAGUGCUUUUACAAGCGUUUUAUUAGAAAUGAUUGUCUUGGAUUUUGUAUUUGGUGUUGUCUUUGUUUUCUAGAUUUCUGGCAUUAUGCAUUUAAUCCCAGAUGAGGUCAGAGUCACCCUUACUUGCUAAUACCUCCCAUGGGUUUCUGCCUGAUGGUUUCGCUCCUGCACCAUUAGUUUGUCUAUGCUGACGCAAUCUCUCUUGCCUCUCAUUCUCGUUUUGGGUCUUUGAGUCAUUCUUCGCUUGUUGCUUCUUUGCAUUCUGACGUUGCUUCUUUGUUUGCUCUUGUUCAACUUGUUGUGCGACCUGCUGUGGAGUCUCAUC